AUGAAGACAGGUUCCAGUGACGAGCCGCGAGUCACAAGCAGCGCACCACACCAUAAGCUUCAAGUCUUACUUACCCUUCAUGACGGUGAGCGAAGUUUCGGUAUGUCACUCGCGCAGAAGACGUCAUCUUUUGGAGCCAAGUACACGGUGGUCUCUAGCGUCUUCGCCAAAUCUCCAGCUGAUCGCGCAGGCGUCCGCAAAGGGUAUGUCGUGCAACAGAUUAAUGACGAGCCCAUGACUGGUCUGACUGUUGCUCAAGUGGCCAAUUACUUCCGUAAUGUAGGGCAGGCGAGAAUCACAUUAGAAGUUGUGGAGAGUGCAGGACCGUUAAAGACUUCAGUAGGUGAUUCAAUGCUAUCAGUGAGUGAUGGAAAAAAAAUCCGAUCAUCGGUGUCAGGUUUUGCUACUGUUUCAUCUGGGAGGGCAAUUGCAGCUCCAGGAUCGGCAUUGGCCGGAUUGAAAGUUGUGGCACCGAAGCAUGAAAACGUAGGACCUGAUACAAAGCCUGCUGCAAAUUCGUUGGACUCAGAGUCUCGCGAUAACGUAUGUCCUUCGAACAUAUGUACUGCUGUCAAAAGUGGACACGUAGAACCGAGUGCUAGUGUGAAAACAGCCAGAGGUGUGAGUCAUUCUCGUCUGGAGAGCCAAAGUGUAGCCCCAGCACUUCAGUCAGCAAAACCAGUGCAAUGUCAAUCGAUAGCGCAAGAAGUGGCCGUAGUGACAACUACAGUCGACUCGGCGGCAAAGAGUGUUUCGAAAAAAGUGAGCAACUCUUCUGCAGCAGAAAAACAAUUUACCAGCUGCAAAACUCCAAACCGUUUCGUAGAAGCGAUUGAAGCCCCUAGCAUCAGCGCAAGUAUUCAAGUGGGAAGAGAACAUAAAAAACCAGCCACGGCUGCACCAUUGAAAGACUUGCCAGCACCUGCUGUAUCCACAACUUUAUUGAGAGUACCUGAAGCUGCACCUAAAGCGACAGCUCUCAUCUCAGCGGCAACUUUUUCUGUUGCAGCGAAAAAAUCUGUCUUAACACCAGGUUUACAUUUAAUCGAGGCUACACGUGUUGCUGCGAAAACGCCUACAGAGAAUUCCGUGCUGCAGCCCGUGUCCAAUCCAUCUUCAACAUCUGAGUCAUCUUUAGCUUCUCAAGUGAAGGCGACUGGUGUAAAACCUCAAGUGUUUUCAGCGUCAGGGGUAAGUUCAGCAAACUUGAAAAAAUGGCCUGUAGAGAAUGUGAGGCCUGCGCCUGCAACAGUAUCGUCAGUGCUCGGAGCAAUGCCACGUAAGAGUGCGACGCAGAUACCAGCAAUAUAUUCAUCAAAACCAGCAGUAGUGACAGCUAUGCCUCCAAUUGAAGUCGUGCCGAGGUCUAAAGAUGGGCCAGCAAAGAGCAAGACGUUAACACCCGUGCGAAGUACGACUCAAAUAGCUACCGUUGCAUCUGUGCCUGUUCCAUUAUCACCUGUGUCAAGACCAGCACCACCAACAACCACGAAGACUGGCAAGAAGCGUAUAAGACAGAGAACGACCAAAUCAACAACUGGGACUACAAGCAGUAAAGGAAAAUGCAAGAUAAAGAAGGUUGCGAAACAACAACAGGAAAGGGAUGGGGUGGACAGCAUUGUGGAGAAUGAGGGCGUAUUUGAUAAUUAUACUUUUACCUCAGACUCUGACCUGGAGGAAUCGCCUUCGAAGAAACCCGCUUGUCGGACAGCUAAGGCUCGACGUCGCGGAGUUACGGACCGUACUCGACACAGCCUUACCAUCGUUCGUUUGGUCGAUAUGGGUUUCAAGAAAGAAGAUGCGGAAGCUAGUGUGAAAGAAAUUGGCGACGAUCUGGAUGCGUGCAUGCUUUGGAUUAUCUCAAAAAUUGAGGAGCGACAAUUCUACGAGGAUCUUAACCGGGCAUCGAUUCAAUCUGAACGCUCGAAACACGACGAAGAAAAGCGGGUAAAGAAGCUGGAGAAGGAAAAGCUUGCGCGCGCUGAUAAGUUUAUGGUUGUGUUCCCGACUUCUUACAUGGUGUGUGCGGAAUCUAGUGCAUCGCACUUUAAGAAUCUCUUACUAUAUACAAUUGACCAAGUACAUGGAAGCUCGUACCUUCGUGAAGUCCUUUCCGAACUCAUGAAGCUGGAGAGCAAAUCCAUUCGCUGGUAUAAGGAAGCAUCCAAGUCUUACAUGGUCGAGCUAGCCGCACGCCUGGACGCUGCAGUGGAGACUCAUGAUGUAAUGACGUGCUGCGCUCGCGCUUUAGCAAGUGAUGUUAGCUCUCCGAAUGGAUGUAUAUUCGUGCGAAAAGUAUUAGAGGAGAUCAAGGCGCUGAAGACGGCUCUUUUCGAGAUGCCUACCAACCAAGGUGGCGUACCCCACGCAUUCCUUGAGUGUGACGAGGCGACGAAAUUUGAUCUUGAAGACGACGGGUUUGAAGUAAUUGAGUCAAAUGACUCAUCUAAAAUGGUGAGGCAAGACAGAAAUUAG